UGAACGCCGCCGCGCUCCUGCGGUCCACUCGAUGCGUCGAGCUGCCAGAAGCGGCACAACACAAUUACGUUACCCUCUCACCACCACAAGCACCGCAGACAACCGACUACGCCAAGCGGCACUCCGCGAUCCAUGCUCGCCAGCUGAAGGAUGUCGUUCCACCACUUGCUCGUCUCACACCUCGACGCCCUCCCUCUCUCCCUCGUCGCCCUCGUCGCCCUCUCCUCCAUCUUUCUCUUGUUCCGGGCACGACCCAAGAAGCCCAGCCAUGUCCCCUCCCCAUGGCGGCUUCCUCUCAUCGGCAACCUCCACCAACUCGGCUCCCUCCCUCACCGCUCCCUGAGGUCGCUGUCUCAGAAACAUGGCCCCGUGAUGCUCCUCUGGUUCGGCCGAGUCCCUACCGUCGUGGUCUCCUCCGCUGCGGCCGCGCAGGAGGUGAUGAAGACCCACGACCUGGCCUUCGCCAGCCGCCCCGACUCGAGCUUGAGCGACAGGCUCUUCUACGGUUCCCAGGACGUCGGCUUCUGCAAGUACGGCGAGUUAUGGCGGCAGGUGAGACGCGUAUGCGUCCUCCACCUUCUCAGCCUCAGGCGGGUACACUCAUUUCGCCCGAUUCGAGAAGAGGAGGUGGCCCUUCUCGUGGGAAGAAUUCGUGCCGCCUCCAGCCGGGUGAACAUUAGCGAGAUGAUCGUCUCCCUCACCAGUGACAUAAUCAGCAGAGUUGCGUUCGGGAGGAAGCACGUCGAGGAGGAGGGUGGCGGAAGCGGAGUCCGUGCCUUGUUCUCGGAGUUAACCACGGUACUGGGGUCGUUCCCGCUGCGGGAUUUCGUGCCAUUAUUGGGUUGGAUCGACCGGUUGAACGGGUUGGACGCCAGGGUGAGGAAGACGGCAAUCAAAUUCGACGCCUUCAUCGAGACGAUCUUAGAGGAGCACGAGCGUAAGACGCACACCAACCAUGCUCGCGACGACAGCAGCACUAUGGAUUUCUCGGACAUCUUGCUCGCCUCGGAGGCUGUCGACGGUAUUGCACUCAGCAGAGACUGCAUCAAGGCCAUCAUUUUGGAUAUGAUUACUGGAGGGAUCGACACGACGUACACGACAAUCGAAUGGGCGAUGGCAGAGCUCGUCAAGCACCCAAGAAAGAUGGAGAGGGCACAAGAGGAGAUCAGAAAGAUUGUUGGAUCGGGAGGGGAACUGAGAGAGGAGAUGGUGGAAGGGAUGGAGUACUUGAGGGCAGCAAUCAAGGAGACGCUUCGAUUGCACCCUGCUCUUCCUCUGCUGGUGCCACGAGAGUCCAUGGAAGACGCCCGACUGCAGGGCUACCUCAUUCCCAAAUGCACGAGGGUGGUGAUCAACGCCUGGGCAAUCGGAAGGGAUCCAGUUUCGUGGGAGAAGCCGGAGGAGUUCUGGCCCGAGAGAUUCGUGGGCAACAGCAUCGAUUUCAAGGGGCAGGACUUCCAGUUGAUACCGUUCGGGGCAGGCCGGAGAGGUUGUCCCGGGGUCGCUUUCGCCAUGGCCACCACCGAGCUUGCGCUCGCGAACUUGUUGUACCAUUUCGACUGGCAGCUGCCGGACGGGAUGGCUGGGGAGGAGAUGGACAUGAGCGAAGCGUCCGGGAUUGCGGUGCACAAGAAAUCGAGCUUGAUCCUGGUGGCGAAGCCUCCAAACUUGUAGGUCUUCGUCCCCGGUCAAACUAUCUGUCAUAGGAUGGAUUCCGCAACUUGUUGCUGCUAUAAUAAAAUUCAUGCCUCGCGAAUUUUAAUUCAAA